AUGGGUUUGGAAUCCAAAAAAUUUGAAUGGACUCUCCCAGUUCCGAAUGUGCAGGAGCUUUCAACCCAGCAGCUUGAAACAGUGCCAGCUCGCUUUGUAAGAGACGAUGUGUGCGGUGUCAUCAACACCGUUCCCUCCGAUGACUGCCUUCCUGUGCCGUUGAUUGACAUGAGCAAGCUGGCCAACCCAGAGUUUCAAGAAUUAGAGCUUCAGAAGCUGCGUUCUGCAUGCAAAGACUGGGGUAUAUUUCAGUUGAUAAACCAUGGAAUGUCGGAUGAAAUACUAAGAAACACAAGCAAGGAAGUUCUGGAAUUCUUUCAACUUCCGUUGACAGAAAAGAACAGGUGGAAACAAAAACCGGGUCGUUUUGAAGGCUAUGGCCAAAUACUGGUAGCCUCAGAAGAAGCUAAGCUUGAUUGGAAUGACAUGCUUUUGCUCACAACUCAUCCCAUCCAAAACAGAGAGCUUGAAUUCUGGCCUGAAAACCCUCCAAAAUUAAGGGAAUAUCUGGACAAGUAUUCUGAAGAUAUCAAGCAAGUUGCAAUCAACUUAACAAGGUUCUUUGCCAUGGGGCUCGCGAUUGAGGGUCAGGAGCUCUGUGAGGCUUUUCAAGAAGGAGGAUUUCGCGUAAAGAUGAACUACUAUCCACCUUGUCCUCAGCCAGAAAAAGUGUUGGGGUUAAAACAGCAUACUGACAGCUCUAUGUUCAACCUCUUGCUUGACUGUAGCAUCACGCCAGGAUUGCAGGUUCUGAAGGAUGGUCACUGGUACUUUGUUAAACCUAUAGAUGGUGCCAUUGUUGCAAACUUGGGACUGUUUGCUGAGAUGGUAAGCAAUGGGAUAUACAAAGCACCACUUCACAGAGCAGUAGUAAAUAAUUCCCAGACAAGGAUUUCCAUCGUCACCGCUUGCCUUCCCAACUCCUCUUUCAAUGUCGGUCCAGCGAAAGAGCUUACCAAGGCAGGAACUCCACCUCUAUACAAGACAGUCACGGUGGACGAGUUCUUUUCCAUGUUCUUACAAUCGAAGAAGCUUGGAGUUCCAGUCAUCGAUACCCUUAAAAUCUCAUGCUGA